AUAUGGGAGCAGCUCGAUCGGAGGCCUGCCAGUAUCAAUUGAGCCGGCGACAGCAACAGUUCACUCAUCGAUUCCGUAUUCCAAAGAAAUCACAACAAAAAUGGCAACUGCAACCAGCGGGAGUGGACUCCACUUGGAGGCCGUCGAUCGCAUUGGCUCCAUUCCCCUGGUGGAGUCCAGCGUAAAGCGAGUGGAAACCAUCUACGACAAGGUCAAAAACAACAAUAGGCUCUUCUCGUGGUACUUUGAGACCGCCGAGGCCACCAUUUCGGCAGCCUAUGAAACCAUCCAGCCGGCGGUCAAGCUUUUUGAGCCCUCUAUUCAGAGAUUGGAUAACGUAAUGUGCAAAAGUCUGGACAUCCUGGAGCAACGCAUCCCACUGGUCUAUCUGCCACCUGAAAUGAUGUACUGGAACACCAAAGAAUAUAUGUCGGAUCACCUAGUACGUCCAGUCCUGAAGCGCGCUGACUCUGUCAAACAGAUUGGGAACGCCGUUCUGGAGAGCCCACUGACCACCUACGCCGCAGAUCGCCUUGAUGGAGCCUUCACAGCCGGCGACAAGUUCGUGGACAAGUACCUAGUGCCCAUUCAAACGGACCAAGAUCAGACCGAUGUUCAAAAAUUGCUUUCGACCCUGGAUGGUCAUAUAACGCCGAUUCGACUGCACUUAACACGAAUGCUUGGCCAAAAAACUCCGCAGGAGGAUGAUAACGAAGUGGUGCCGAAUGAGAAGGGCGCCAUUAAGGCGAUCCAUCACGGUCAACGAUUCUCCCGCAAGCUGAAGCGCCGACUAACCCAAAGAACCAUCGCCGAGGCGCGAGCCCUUAAGAAACAGAGCAAGGAGGCGAUCCAUGUGCUCAUAUAUGCUGCUGAACUGAUUGCUACCGAUCCCAAACAGGCCGUUCAAAAGGCCAAGGAACUGUGGGUGUAUCUGAGUGCCGAUGAACCCGAGAAUCAAGCCAGACCCGCUACUCUAGAACAGUUGAUAGUUCUUCUAACACGUGAAUCGGCCAGAAGAGUGGUGCACUUGGUGAAUUUCAGUGCCCAUGUGGCAGCCAAUAUACCCAGAAAUUUGGCGCACACAACAACAGAGGUGGCUCACCAAAUUAUAUAUAUCAACCACCGCAUUAUCACAAUCUCCCGACUGGACAAGGUGAAGACCAUAUCCAAGGAGGAAGCCGAAUCUCUCUUCAAGCGUAUGCUGGCGUUCUAUGGUAGCCUGCAGGGUAUGACCAACAGCUACCUGGAACGUGUUGCCAGCUUUCUAUCCGGACGCAUCGAAGCCGAGAAGGUGACGGGCAGCGACAGCGCCAAUUCCAAUCACAGAUCCUCGCGGAGAAGGCAGGAGCCGAACCAUUACCCAGCCGCCCACAAUAACAUCAACGGCGUCUACUAGCAUUGAAUUCUUUAUUGCAAUCGUAUUCUUAUUUCUUAUGAUAGAGUUCUGUUUCUCCGUGCAUAUACGGAAAAUUCAGUAAACUAUAUUGUAUAUCUUUUUUUUACAAAAUGCAUUUGCCAAUAAUUUAAGCCAAA